CAACCUGUGCUCAGCUCUGAGAAUGUAUCUCCUCAUUAUCCUGCCUGCCCUGUGCCUACUAGGAGUACAUACAACACCAAUACCUCAGGGGAACUCCCAACACACAAUGCAGGACCAGAAGCACCCCUCAGUAAAACCACGGUCAUGGACACGUAACACUCAUACCAAGGGAUUGCUCAGACCUCACAAUUCAUGGAAUCCCCCUCGCUGUGGAGUACCUGAUAUUCCUGCCCCCCCAGAUUCCUCUGGGCGUAACAGACAAAAGCGUUUUGUACUUUCUGGUGGACGCUGGGACAAGACCAACCUAACAUACAGGAUUAUCCGCUUCCCAUGGCAGAUCAGUAAAGUCAAGGUGCGAAGGACUCUUGCUGAAGCACUGAGAGUAUGGAGUGAGGUGACGCCUCUGACGUUCACUGAGGUGUAUGAAGGACGGGCUGACAUUGUUAUCGAUUUCACACGGUACUGGCAUGGAGACAACCUGCCUUUCGAUGGUCCUGGGGGCAUCCUUGCUCAUGCUUUCUUUCCAAAGACACACAGAGAGGGGGACGUACAUUUUGACUAUGAUGAAGCUUGGACCAUUGGAAACAGUAUAGGCACAGAUCUUCUGCAAGUAGCUGCUCAUGAGUUCGGACAUGUGCUUGGCUUGCAACAUUCCUCAGUCUCGAAAUCACUGAUGUCUCCAUUUUAUACUUUCCGUUACCCACUCAGUCUUAGUGCAGAUGAUAAGCAAGGCAUCCAGUACUUGUAUGGAGCACCGCAUCCCCCAACCAUAGCUCCAACUCCAAAGCCAGAAGGCAAUCAGCCAGAACCUGAGAGCAAUGAGAUCCCUUAUUCCGAGCCAGAUGCCUGUUCCACAGAUUUUGAUGCUGUAUCCACAAUCCGUGGGGAGCUGUUCUUCUUCAAAUCAGGCUAUGUAUGGCGUCUCAGAGGAGGUAAACUACAGAGUGGUUAUCCGGCCUUGGCUUCCCGACACUGGAAAGGAAUCCCUGAGUCUGUGGAUGCUGCUUUGGAAGACUCAGCUGGGAACAUCUGGUUCUUUUAUGGACAGCGAUUCUGGAUUUUUGAUACAAAGCUUCAGGUCACGGGUCCCUUCCAGAUAUCAGACCUUGGUUUAUCUGUAACCAGCAUUCAAGCUGCCUUUUUAUGGGGCACUGCCAAGAACAAGAAAACCUAUUUAUUCAAAGGAGCAGAGUAUUGGCGUUUAAAUACUGAAACCCGGCGAGUGGAAAGUUGGCACUCACGCACUAUGAGUGAUUGGAGAGGAGUACCUUCAGGAAUAACUGCUGCCUUCCAAGAUGAACAUGGUUUUGCCUACUUUUUGCGGGGCAGAUACUACUGGAAGUUUGACCCAGUACAGGUGAGAGUUAUAGAGGGUUAUCCACGAUUGGUCAGCCAGGAUUUCUUCAACUGUCCUGCAAUGUCUUCUUCAACCAAUUCAUUGCGAUGAAGCUGGACCAAGUAAC